GGUCUCCUGCCAUUAUGUGCUCUUCUCCCAUGUUCCACUCAAUGUAUGCCGGGUUGAGGUGAGCAUGGUGCUGAUGUCAGGUGCUGACAUCGCCCCAGAACCUGACUCUGUGAUCCCAUCCCACAGUUCAGUAGCCACCUGCCCUGACGGGGAGGCCUGUGGCACUGCUCAGGGAGCUGGAUCGUGCCCGUCGGGGGUCCAGGCCUCACAGCCAUCGAACAAACCAGGCAGCCCUCCAUUCAGGUCUGGAUCUGGAGACCCCCGCUGUGACUCCCCUCUGUUUGACCAGUCACUCCGAGGACAUGCCGGCCUUUUUGAAUUGGAUUUCUGCUUCCUUCUCUCUUGUGGCAUCACUGGCUGCCAAGACUGCCUGAAGUUACGUUUAGAGGCUGGAAUCUCUGCACCUUGCAAACAAAGAGCCCGACCUCCUCUGCGUUCCUCUCCCGGGCGAUCAAUCACUCCACGGAUUCCUCAGCAAGGGGCAGCGCCUCAGCUCCGCUCUCUGUCUCAGGCGGCCCAGAGUGGUUUAGUGAGUUGUGGGAGGUCACACGGCAGACUGGGGCAGAACUGGGAUCAGGACCUGGGAUUUCUGCCACCUUCCAGUCCCGUGUGCCAUCCACUAGGCCCUGUGACUCCUCCUCCCACCACCAAGGGAGGGGAACAUGGACACAGCCCCCUGCCAGAAGAGCUGAAUUUGCCUCGCAGGGCAGACGUGGCUCCCCCUGCUCCCGGGCCCCAAUGAACGCCUGCACUAGGCCCCAGGCCUGGAGUGAUUUGCCCGAGGAGUGACCUGUGCACAACUACUG